GCUAAGCUGAGGGAGCUUCGUCUUCAUCAUCACAGUAGAGCAAAUGAUGAAAUAUGGCUGCACACUACAAAUAUAUGCUCAUGUUUUAACCAGAGCCAUGGUUAAAACAUUUCCACACGAAAGUCGGAAUACUUUUUCACCAUGAGAAUUCACUGCAAGAUUGUGGCGAUCGCGAUAUGUUUCGGAGUUUUCCUACUUUUGUACUUUUUCGGGGGAAACGGUGCGGACGAGCCGCCGUUGAAAGAAGUUGCAAAAGAAAAACAUUUCUCAUUCUUUCGUGACAUCGAGGACAUCGCACCGGUGAAAGAGGCGAAACAAACCCAGGAAGAACCGUCAGUACCACCGAAACUAAUCCGCAAAAAUGACCGCAGAGAGCCAAAGUUGAGCAGCAGAGGAGGGAAUGUCAGCGCGAAGACUGGGCAGAAGAGUGAGAUUGGGCGGCCCGGGUCAAAGGUCACCCGAGCAGAAGAUGUCAUGCACCUGGCGGUGGUGGCUUGUGGGAACCGUCUAGAUGAAACGCUGACCAUGGUGAAGUCUGCACUACUCUUCAGCAUAAAGAAGAUCAAGUUUCACAUCUUUGCAGAAGAGGACUUGGCCGAACAGUUUGAAAAAGGGUUCAGUCAGUGGCCUCAGACGGUAUCCUCCAAGUUUCACUACACCAUAUAUCCAAUCACCUUCUCUGUGGGGAAUGCUGAUGAAUGGAAGAAGCUCUUCAAGCCAUGUGCUGCCCAAAGGCUGUUUCUUCCUGUUAUUCUGAAGGAUGUGGACUCGCUGUUGUACGUAGACACAGAUGUUCUCUUUCUCCGGCCUAUGGAUGACAUCUGGAAGUUUCUGAAGGAUUUCAACAGCACUCAGCUAGCUGCCAUGGCCCCUGAACACGAGAUCCCCAAGAUCGGCUGGUAUAGUCGCUUUGCGCGACACCCCUUUUAUGGAGUGACAGGGGUCAAUUCAGGUGUCAUGCUAAUGAACCUCACACGGAUUCGUAGCACUCUGUUCAGGAACAGCAUGAUUGCCAGCGGCCUGUCUUGGGAAAAUCUGCUUCACCCUCUAUAUCAGAAAUACAAGAACCACAUCACAUGGGGAGACCAAGACCUCCUCAACAUCAUCUUCCAUUAUAAUCCAGAGUGUCUUUACAUAUUUCCAUGUCAGUGGAACUACAGGCCAGAUCACUGCAUGUAUGGAAGCAACUGCAAGGCAGCGGAGGAGGAAGGUGUCUCCAUUCUUCAUGGUAACCGUGGAGUGUACCAUAAUGACAAGCAGCCUGCCUUCAGAGUGGUGUACGAUGCCAUACAUGAAUAUCCUUUUGAAGAGAACAUGUUCCAGUCUUUGUUUUACCCUCUUCAGACCAAGUUCCUCGACACAGUUAACACCCUGUGCGGAAGAAUUCCACAGGUGUUCCUCAAACAAAUAGAAAAGACCAUGAGAGCUGCUUAUGAGAGAAAAGUGGUCCGCCAUGUUCGACCGCCACAUGAGUAAUGUGUCUUGACUCUUCUGAAAGUACUUUUUUCACAUAUUUCGGCUUCAUAAGGAAAAAUCUCUACCUGCUGCUUGGGUCAGAGUGGUUCUUAAAUGGAUAUUCAGUGUGAAGUGCCAGAGGCAAGCUACAUGUGGAACAUCUGCCUUUGCCUGAAGUUCACAAGCCAGAGGAGUUUGGCAUAUUGGAAACAAAUUCUGUUUUGAGCAGCCGUUUUGACUCCUGAGGUUUGGGUUGGCUUGGAAUUGCUCAAUGAUUGGAUGCAGCAAUGUUGAAGGAAUAUCUGUGGAAUCAAUUAUAUAUAAAACCCAUGAUUAUCAAACCUUUGGCUCAGAGACUUAAACAAGUGCAUUAACGAGUGGGUACCAUCCAUCUGAAUGUUCAAGAAGAUUUUUUUUAUAAGUAUAUCACAGACUCGUUUGCAAGGCUGUUUUCAGCAAAUCCCCCAAUAAUGAGCUGUUGAUAUAAAUGAUCAUUUUUUCAGAAUCUUGUUCAUUAUGACUUGUAUUACACAACUGGACCAUUGGAUUUCUAAGUGGAUAUAAAUUCUAAGUGGAUACACCAAUUUGUUUGUGCUUUAAAAGCACAAUGUGGUCUUGUUUUUCAAGCCACAAAAAUGAAUAUAACAUGCCCAAACUACCAAAGAGGACUAGCUUGAAAGCAUUUUAGAGCUCAAGAAGGUGUACAUUCAAUUUAAGACACUAGACACAACCCCUUCAUUACAAAGCCCUAAAGGAUGAUGUUCGAACAAGUUACUUUGAUAUCUGCAAGGGCCAUAUAGAUGAAUUGUUGUGAAAAAGUUUCUUCGUGACUCUAUAUUUUAAUAUAUACUGUGUACAGUAUAUAAACACCCUGAAGGAAUCUCAUGAGAACUUUUGGCCUUUCCAGAAUUCCCAUUAACUUGGCUUUCUUCUUUUUACUGAUGCUACAAGUCUAUUCAGGUGGACAAAAUGAACUUCAAUAUUAAGAAUGUGUUUGAGCAUCCCUUUACAUAACCGUAGUACACUAUUCUGAAAUUGUAUCUGAGAGUAAGAGCACAUGGGAAUAAUGUAUAUUAUGUUGUGCCAGAUAUAAAUGUAUUUUUUAAGCAAUAUUCAGUUUGUUCAAGUUAUAAAAAGACAGUAGUGCAUUUAUGGCAUGAGGAUUUGUUUUCCUGGUGCUUUUCUAGAAACUUUACCUUCACUAAAGUGGUGUCUUCUACCAGAGCAGUUUAAGAACAAAUGCCAUUAUGUAAAAUAAAUGAGUUCAUGUGCAGCCACGUGGUUAUAAUGAGCUAAUUAGAAAUGCUUGUACAUCAUGACAGUAUUAUACAAUUGAAAACAACACUUGCCAAUAUGUUUUUUUACAGAUAAGUGCACUUUUGUGUUUUUCAUGUUGAGGCUAUUGAUUCUGGAGUGUCCACAAAGCAUUUCCCUAGAUUUAAAGGGAUAGCUCACCCAAAAAUGAAAAUGUUGUCAUCAUUUACUCGCCCUUGUGUUGUUCCUAACCCCUAUGACUUUGUUUCUUCAAUGAAACUCAAAAGAUGUUAAGAGAAUGUUAGCCUCAGUCACCAAUCAUUUUCAUUACAUCUUUUUUCCAUUGAAUUAAAGUGGAUGGUGAGUUAUUGAAUAAACUAUUUUCUUUGCGUGAAAUAUCCCUUAUAAUGUUUCUUCAGUGGAAUCAGAGGGUAAAACAUAAAUACACAUAUAAAUGAUUAAUUACAUAGAUUAGAUUCAACUUUAUUGUCAUUGUGCAGAGUACAAGUACAAAGCCAACGAAAUGCAGUUUGCAUCCAACCAGAAGUGCAAAAAAGCAGAAAUGAUAAUACAAGUUCUAGAUUCGUUUUACAAAACAAACCAUCUCUACCCAUUUUAUUUUUUUUACUAUGCAUUGAGAUAUUUUUUACAAUCCAGAAAUAUUUUUAAUUCAAGUAAUUAAUCACAGCAUCUUAAUUUGUCGACUUUAUGUGUGUGAACAUCAUAAAAGACUGUAAGCAUGUGUGCUAAUGUGUUGGUAAUGUUUUGAUGUAUGUUUUGACUUGUUCAUCAGCACAAUGUGCUUAAUCUUUAUUUGUGUGACCAGUUUCCACCCUCCUGUCGCUGGUCUGGGAUCAGUGAGGAGAUUUAUUUAACUGGAAACUUUAGGAGACUGUAUUAUACAUCUCAUGUUAUCUCUGAGUAAAGAGAUGCACCAGCGAUAUUGAUUGUAUCCAAUGUGCUUUGCCGUCUUGUAUUAUGGCCUUUUUAAAUAGAUGUCAGAAAUGUAGUAAAUUGAGUAUGCAUUUAAUAUUGAUUGUAUCAUAUUUUUUUUUUCAACAUUUAAAAAAAAAGUAUAUGAAAAUGAUAUGAAUGUAUAAGGGAAACUGAUGAAGUGCUGUCACUUGUCACAAUUUAUUUUGUAUAAGUAUUUUACUUUUGCUUCUUUUUUUUGUUUUUGCCUUCACUUGGUCCUGUGGUCAACUUCCCAAAAGUAUAUACAUAUCAAAUACAUUUAUUUAUUAAAAACACAUUGCCCUAUGACAAUAUAUUGCAUGUAGAGAUUUCAAAAGGGUGACACUUCUUAAAGGUGCAUGCAGGAAUUUGUUUCCUGAUUAAAAAAACUUUUACUCAAAUAAAUUCAUUGUAAUUUUGAAAUAUAUUUAUAAAAUCAUGACCACUCACUUAGAUUAUGACUCCAGUCAUAUUAGUGACCUUAUAAAAGCCAUUUUAUUCCACUUGGAGACGGUCCCCUCAUGGGGUCUGCCAUGUUGGAAUCACAUGACCAGCUGAAUACUAAUUAUCGUAGUAGCCGCCCUGUUAUUGGACACUUUAACUCCUGCAUGAAAUUACUCAUGGCUGACUGUAAUGGCAUUGGUAACUAUUUUUGAGUGUAUAAUAUUUGGACGUUCAAAUAGAAAUGUAAAACAAAAGAAUUACACAUAGUUUCAAGGGUUUUUUUUAAAUCUAAUU